UCGCUGGAACCCGGCCGCGCUGCAGUGCUCCUCCCCCCCCCUCCCUCGCGCUCGGAGUGGACGCCGCCCCGCGCGGGCUCGGGGGAGCAACAGUCGGACGCCGCGACGCCGCGCCGUCAUGUCCCGCGGCGAGUGAGCCUUACAGCGGCGAGAGCAUGUCGGCGCACCGCUACCGACCCGCCGAGUCGGACGUGGAGGCGCUGUCCGACCUGGAGGACGAGGAGGACCAAGAGGAGGAGGAGGAGGACGAGGAGGAGGAGGAGGAGGAGGAAGAGGAGGAGGACCUGGCGUACCCGGGCUUCGUGCCCGUCGCCCUGCGCUACCUGGACCAGAGCACGAGGCCCCGGAACUGGUGCCUGUGCAUGAUCACCAACCCAUAUCCUUUUCCUGCUGAAGAGAGCCGUCGUCGAGUGUUGGUCGCAGGUGCCCCGUGGAGACCCGCGCCGAGAAGGGCAGGAGUACCCUCACUUGGGACUCUUUAUGUCCUGUUAACUUGUACCGUGUGGCAUGACGAUUAGAGACCGAGAAAAUUCCCCGCAUCAGACGGACAUUCAAAAGCAUUUCACCUUCGUGUUUUUUUUUUUUUUUUUUUGUUAUCUGGAGUCCUCGACCAAAAGAGUUUAACGUAUCCGUGGCAGACCAGUCGAGACGUUCUCGUUGGUCAAGGUCGAGUGAUCGAGUGACAUCUGGUCGAGUGUGAAGAGUACCGCGCAGUCUUGGCCACGCCGAAUUUCCCCGGUCCCUUGCGGACGAUGCACCGGGUGCUUCCUUGGCUCCACUCGCCCUUUUCUCUCCGCGGUGUGGCCGAGUGUUUCUCCUUGUACCCAGUGAGCCAGCGGGUCGGUCGCCUGCGCGAUGCCCGCUUUGACCGGGACUCCAUGGCGCACCUCCGACAGCUAUGUUUAUGUUGUGUCAUGUCAUUGAGGGUUAGUUAUUUUCUCAACCCACAGCGAUAUGCAGUACGUCCCGUUAUUUGUCGUCAGGAAUAUUAAAAUAUCAAAUCGCUCUUUUUUUAAAAAUAAAAAAUAUAGGAUGCAAAUUUAAGAUACCAUCCGCAAGUCUGUGGGAAAGUUUCAAAAUUAAAGAAACGUUGCGAAAAAAAAAAUGUAAAGGCCAAAUUAAUCAUUAGAAUGCGUUGACAAUGUUCAACUGGUGGUUUUGGAGCUACAUUCCGAUGUCAAUUUCAUCUUGGUCAAAUUUCGUCGUAUUUCAAAUUUCGAAAGGAAUUUGUGUUAAAUUUCAAGAAUUAUUAGUAUACUUUCAUCUCCAGUUUUGCUUGUGGUGUUAGGCUAAAUCUGUGUGUGUGAUGUGUAAAAUGUGAUAUUCCUGCAGGAGUCUCUUCGAGUAGGUGAGUACCUACCUACUAUACUUUUUAUGUUAGCAUGGUUUUACUAGUUUCAUUGUGUUUCAUUUGUUUUAUACUUGAAAUACAAUGGUUAUUAAUUACCGGUAUUUCAACUGAAAGUUUUUAGCGUGAAUCAAUGGACUUAGGUUUACUAAGUGAUUUAUAUAUGCCGCGAAGAUUUUAGACUGUAUUGAAUAUUACUGUUUGUUCGUGCGUUUCGGUCAUCCAUGGAAAGUUUAAAAAAAUUAUGUUCACAAUAUACACUUAAUGUUUCAGCAACUUUGUAAAUGAAUUUUUUGUUACUAAAAGAUUAUUGUGCUUACUUCACUAAGGGCUUAUAAACCAAAUAGUUUUUCUUGUAGAUGUAGAACGAAAUACAUCCCACACAAUUUGAUCAACGAAGCUGUUCCUAAUAGUAAUCUGAUCAAGAACAUUUAAACAAAAAUGCGAUUUCAAGUGAAAAUACGAAUUUUUAUCCGAUCCCUGAUACUGGCUGAUAAGGUGUGGUACAAAAAUUAAGAACGUGAAAAAUUUAACAAUUUAUUCUAUAUACUGCUUCUAGAAGUUUCGCAGGUUCGUAAGUCCUUUGCGGCUAUCGUUGAAGCUGUAAGAGGGCACUGAAACCUAAUGGAACCUUCUACGCAGAAUGUGACACGGAACACGUAAUAUUAGGCACUAUUUCAAAGACUGCCAUAAGGUACUCCGAUAUAUUUAGGGCGUAUGGUAGUUAGUGGCUAUAAUAUUUGUCUGCAUUCUUGUCAAACAUUCAUUCAAUCACGUAGAACUUUCUGAGCACACAUCUAUUUGUUUAGCAAAAAUUCUACUUUAUGGUCAUGUCUGAAUUGCAGUCAGCAUUGAUAGCUUUAUAAAGAGCAUCUUUUAGAAGAAAAUUAGUUUUAGUAAAAAAACAUAUUUUGUAAGUUUUUACAAACAAGUACGUUUAUAUUUUAACAGGCUUUCGUAAUACCGUUACAGUAUUAAAUAGAUAUCAUUACUUGCUUUAUGUCUAAAAAAUUAUUUGUUUUUUAAGGCGAAAUCGCAAAAAAAAAA